CUUCCCCAUCCCCUCCUCCUUCAUUCACUACCUGUGCUCUGGGAUUAGCACGACUUAAAUUCCAAUCAGCCCUGCAGCCCGAGCGAAGAGCGACAGAGGCGGCAGACAGAGCGCCGCAGCUGUCCAGGACGAGCCAGCCGGAGGGGGGGGGGGGGGGGGGGGUAGUGCCGGCGGGAGGGGAGAGAGAGUGACGGCCAAGAGGAGGGGAGAGACGAAGGGGGGUGGGCAGAGGCAGGCAGAGAGCCAUGGGUGUUGUUCCGCCGCCGAGUUGAGGGAGCGCGAGCGUGUCGCGAAGAUGGGGAUGUGACGGCUUCGCUGGUCGCAGGUGGAAUGGUUGGGAAGGCAAGGUCAUCACGCCCUCUCGCCAAGGUCACAGAGUCACAGGCCGACAAAUGAGGCGGGGGCGGGGGGGACGGCGAGCGCACAGGAGACCGCCGUUGACGCUCCGGAAUUAAGUGGCGGGAGAAAGGAAGGAAGUCCACGCGUGAGGGAUGGAACCACGAGAAAGCGAUGAAUAAGUAACCGAGGUAACGGUCGGGAUGCGCGAGGAUGCGCAGGCCGGGAAGAGAGAAACACGUCGCUGCCGUUUGGAUUCCAGCGCGGGCCGAACUGAAGCCUUUAAGAAAUAGACGUCCGAUGCCGCCUCAAGGAAGUCGUAUCAAAAGGACCUUUAAGAGGAUUUAAAGCCAAGUGGAUUCUUGGAUUGCCCCCCCCCCCUUCCCACAACCCCCUUCUUCAAAGUGAGGUCUCCAUCUCGGAAUAACGGGCCAGGAUUGGGCGAGUAAUUCGGAAUUUUCCAGGUUCGCUCUCCCAGACGCUUUAAGAGGAUAUUGUGGAAAUUUCCCAAAGCCGGCUGGCUGCCUUUCGCGUAUCUUUUUGUUACGUGUGGUGAGGAAGGGACCAGGACAGGUUGCGACACAAAUACACGAAGCUUAUUGAACGCCCAAGCGGCACAAAAGCACCUGAGGGGGAGAUGUACUGAACGCACACAACAACACCCAUGCGCCCGCGCGGCAGCAACCUGGCCAACAUGUGGAGCUGAUUCUAGUUGUUAAGCACAGACAGAAAAGGUCUGUGGAUAGCCUGGCUUUCUACCAUGCCUGCCCCCCCAACCCUAAACCCCAGCAGACAGAAGCAGCCGCCUCACACACAUCGCCGCCCUGAACGACAGGCAAAAGAGUCCACCGUCGCUCCGUCCACCCUCUGGCUUCCUGGCGCCCCCCUUUUGGUCUCGUCUCUGCCCUCCUCGUCCAAAGUCAUCCCCUGCGCCUACUUGGGAACCUCAAAACGAACAACCCCUCCGAGCGGUAUCCAGUUACCGGCUUUUCACUGGCUGACCCUGGUCACUUGCUGCCUGCUGCCCACCCUGAUCGGAGCGGGAGAGACGUGGGGCGUCGUGUCGGCCUGCCCUUUCCACUGUGUGUGUCGGAACCUCUCCGAAUCGCUCAGCACGCUGUGCGCCGACAAGGGUCUCCUCUUUGUGCCCCCGCACGUCGACCGGCGUACCGUCGAGCUGCGGCUGGCUGACAACUUCAUCACGGAGGUCGGGGGGACCGACUUUGUCAACAUGACCGGACUGGUCGAUUUGACUUUGUCCAGAAAUACCAUCCACCUGAUUCGCCCGAUGGCCUUUGCUGAUCUGGAGAGUCUCCGCUCCCUGCAUCUCGACGGUAAUCGUUUAACAAUCGUGGGCCCAAGGGACCUGGCGGGAUUGGUGAAUCUCCAACAUUUGAUUGUCAACAACAAUCAGCUGGUCAAAGUGUCAGUGCAGGCGUUUGAUGACUUCUUACUCACGUUAGAGGAUCUCGACAUGUCCUACAACAACCUUCGAAAGGUACCGUGGGAGUCCAUCCAGAACAUGGCCAGUCUGCACACACUGAACCUGGACCACAACCUCAUAGACCACAUCGCGGAGGGAGUCUUUGGAGAAUUGUACAAGCUCGCCAGGCUAGAUAUGACCUCCAACCGGCUCAGGACCCUACCACCGGACCCCCUCUUUGCAAGAUCCCAGACAGGUGCCAUAAGCCCCACCCCUUACAACGCUGUCAUCAGUCUGAAUUUCGGGGGGAACCCGCUGCACUGCAACUGCGAACUGCUCUGGCUCCGACGGCUUGUUCGCAGUGAUGACAUGGAGACCUGCGCCACGCCCAUCCACCUCGCCGCAAGGUACUUCUGGUCGAUUCCCGAGGAGGAGUUUACAUGCGAGCCCCCCCUCAUCACCCGUCACACGCACAAGCUGUGGGUUCUGGAAGGCCAGAGGGCCACCCUCAAGUGCCGCGCCAUCGGAGACCCGGAGCCGGUGGUGCACUGGGUCUCGCCGGACGAUCGCAUCAUCGCAAACUCAUCGCGGACCAGCUCCUUUAACAACGGCACUUUGGAUAUCUCGGUGACGGUGGCCCGGGACGACGGAGCGUACACGUGCAUCGCCAUCAACGCGGCCGGCGAAGCCACCGCCACCGUGGACCUGAAAAUAAUCCCCCUCCCUCAUCGGGGCGGAGCGGGUGGCAACACGGGGAAGAACGGCGUGAACAAUAAGAGCAACAGGAAUGUAACCAAUGGGAUUUUACGAACCGAUCCGGGAUCCUCGGAUAUCAGCACGGGGAAAAACGGCGGGAUGAACAACGGGGCGGGGCGCGCCGGCGAGCCGGACGAUGAAGAGAGUGACGACGGCGGCGGGGCGACCGAAGGGGAGCGGGAUGACGACGGGGUCGCCGAGGAUGACGACGGGGACGAAGACGACAGGCGGACGGUCGGAGUUCAGGGGAUAACGUCCACCUCCGCUCAGGUCCGCUGGGAUUUGGGACGUUCGCCCGGAGCGUACGUUGUGUGGAUGUACCAGAUACAAUACAACUGCACGGCCGACGAAACCCUCAUCUACAGGAUCCUGCCAUCCACCAGUGACCGCUUCCUGCUGAAGAACUUGGUCUCCGGAGUGGAUUACAACUUGUGCGUGCUGGCCAUUUACGAUGACUCCAUCACAGCGCUGGCGGCGACAAAAGUGCUGGGCUGCACCACCUUCUCCACCAAGGACGUUUACCCGGCCUGCAGCUCUCUGCAGGCUCACUUCCUGGGAGGAACGCUGACCAUCUUAGUGGGCGGUGUGGUGGUGGUCACCCUCCUGGUGUUCACGGUGGCGUUGAUGGUUCGCCACCGCGUGUGCGAUCACUCCGACCACAUCCUGUGCCGCGACGGCAACGCAGAGGUCGGAGGCGGGCUUUGCGGUCAGGGGAGCGGCGUGGCGGCGCUGGAUAAAGGAGGAGACGGCGGUGGCCGCUACCAGUCCAACGGCGCCGGCGACAUGAUGAUGGUGGUCCUCCCGAACGGUCUGACUUCCAAGAGAACCGGGGAGGGCGAAAAGGACAAGGAACCGGCAGAUUGCGCUUCUUCUCUGCCGCCAAAACUGCCCCCGAAGCCAAGGCUCAAGCCGAAGGUCGACCUGGAGCAGUUUCUUUCGGCGGGGGGCGUGGUCUCCACCAUGGCGGGGGCAGGAGGGGAGAUGGCCUUGGUGGUGCGGCAGCGGAAGACGGACAAAGCGCCGGCGUACAGCGCGGAAAGCGCCAGAACUCCGUUCGACUACCCCCCCUCCGUUUCAUCCACCCUGCCCCGCCAGUCACGCUUCAGGGAAGGCCCCAAACCGCGUCUGGAGCGAGAGCUGACCAACCGCGCCAGUUUCUCCCUGGCGGCACCCCUGAGAGACUCCGAUAUGCUGGCCUGGAGGAUCAGUUCCCCCGGCCGGGACAAAUGGAACUCCUCUCAGGCUUAUCAGAGCCCCAUGUCCCCUCUCCACCCCGCCCGCGGGACCGUCAGCAAACGGCGCCACUCGCUGGACAUGGGCUCCUCCGUCGCCCUAGCAACCGACGCGGCCGCCACCGUGGCCAAACGCUACGGCGCCAUCGGCUACGCAAAGCGGCUGAGUGUGAUCUGGACCAGGCGCAGCCAGUCGCUGCACGGGAUGCUGGUGCAGUGCGCCUCCGCCGCCACCGCCAGCAGCGGCUCCUCCGCCACCAGCGACGAGGGCCAAAGCGCCGGACCCUUCGGAGCGCGAGGCGACUUUCAACGCGGAUACAUCCACGCUUACAACACAACCAACUCCAAUUCCAACUGCGGGGCGGCUACCGCGAGGGAGGGCGGCGGAAGGGACAGAGCGAAGGGGAAAGGGAAGGACGGAAGGAGCGCCGAAGAGCUGGAGGAAAGCGUGGUGUAAAAAUGACAGCGGGAAAGUAGGGACGGAUGGAAGAUUGUAUCUGAAGACAAAGGAGGGACAGGACAGAGAUUGAUUUCAAGAAACAAAAAAAAAUCUAGUAAAUAGCUUUGGGGUGUUUAUGACAUUGAGGUCAACAGAGCCAGUUGGAGGGGG